AUGAGGUCACUUCUCCUUCUGGCCCUCGCUUCCUGCGCGGCGGCUUGUGCUGGCGGCCACCACAAAGAUGACAGGGUGUGGACGAAGGAGGAGCUCGAGGAGCUCGAGUUGAAAUGGGGCAUGGAGUGGGGAUUUGCUGGGAUCGGAAGCUUUGCUCAUCUCAGACAUGUCAAGUGUCUUACGGACCCGACGGAGCUUUUUGAUAUUGCUAUCAUUGGAGCGCCGUUCGAUACGGCAGUAAGCUAUCGCCCGGGAGCACGAUUCGGCCCACGAGCAAUCCGCCAGGCAUCGUCGAGGCAAACAAGCUUCCGGGGCUUCAACCCGCGAGCGAGCAUUAACCCCUACCAGAACUGGGCUAAGAUCAUCGACUGCGGCGAUAUUCCCAUCACGCCCAUGGACAAUGCUGUCGCCCUGCUGCAGAUGACUGAGGCGUACAAGGAGCUCGGAAGCAGAGGAACUGUCUCCCCCUUGUUGCAGAAGCCGAAGCUCAUCACCCUAGGCGGAGAUCAUAGCUUGGCUCUGCCGGCCCUGCGCGCGCUAAAUGCUGCUUACGGCAAGCCUUUGAGAGUGUUGCAUUUCGACGCUCACCUUGACACCUGGCACCCGGCUAAGUAUCCCUCGAGCUGGCCAUCGGAUCAGGCACACUUCAACCAUGGCUCCAUGUUUUGGUUAGCAGGUAACGAGGGUUUGCUGAUCAACGAUACUUCUCUGCCAUCCGUCCACGCCGGUCUACGCACCAGGCUGUCCGGAGACGGCUGGGAUGAUUUUGAGGACGACACCAAGCAGAAUUGGGUCCGAAUCGUGGCCGACGACAUCGAUGAGAUUGGCCCCGCGGGCGUCAUCCAGUCCAUUCUGAAGUCACUGCCUGGUGACGACCCCGUCUAUCUAUCUGUAGACAUUGACGUGCUCGACCCGGCAUUUGCCCCCGGUACCGGCACCCCUGAGCCAGGCGGCUGGACGACCCGCGAGCUGAUCCGCAUCCUGAGAGGCAUCGAGGGCCUGAAUGUUGUGGGCGCAGACGUGGUCGAGGUUGCUCCCGCGUAUCAGGGUCAGGGAGAGGAGACAGCACUGGCUGGUGCCCAGGUUGUGUAUGAGAUCUUGAGCUCGAUGGUGAAGAAGGGAAUGCAGGAAAUGGGCAAGGUCAGCGCGGCUAGCUCUGAAGAGCAGGAGGAGAGGACGAAGGAUGAACUCUGA